AUGGCGGCCUUUUCUGAUAAGGGAGAUGUUUGCAGCGAGCCCUUGUGUGGCAUGCGGGACUUCCUGCCAUUUAACUGCAACAAAUGCGGCAGCGUGUUCUGUGUUGAUCAUUUUGUGCCGGAGAGGCACAACUGCCCGCGAGUGCGUUCCGGAGAUCGGCGGGUGUACGUCUGUCCAACAUGCCUGGAAGCCGUCCCAAUGGCAAAUGAAGAGGCAGAAGCCUCAGCCGCACAGCGACACAGACCGACUUGCCAACCAGAGAAGUACGAAGAAAGGCGACGUCAACUGAAAGGCAGCACCUGCCCGAUCAAAUGCUGCAGAGAGCGUCUAACUGAUAUCACGACUUACCACUGCAAGGCGUGCGACCAGGACAUUUGCUUGAAGCAUCGUCUUCAGGAAGACCAUGACUGUCAGAGAGUCCAGCAGGCUCGAAAAGAAAAACAGCAUCGCGCUAGGAGCUUCCGCCUUUUCAAAUCCAACAGCAGUGAGAAAACCACACAGCAAGUCAAGCCAGGGAGGAACGCACUUUGCAGUGCGAGGGGGUCCGAAGCGACACAGGCGCCAAAACAACAAACAAUGGAGCCUACGCGGUUCCACUCCUGUCGCAGACAUAGGGAGAAAGGUCGAGAUGCAGUAGCUCGCGAAGGGGCCGAUACAGCGUAG